AUGGCUGACUCCAUCGAACAUCUCCCAGGCGGAUUUCUGCCCUCGUUGCCAUCUCCCUCGCCAAGCACCGUAUCGACAGCAUCGCCGAGUAACCUACCCCAUCCAAGAAGAAACCCCUUGAAAGCUGGCUCCUCAAAAGAAGAUGCCCUAAGACGGUACGUCGACCGUCGAUUGCUGGUUGUCGGUAGGCGGUACGCGAAAAAAUUCCUGCCGUUGGAGGCAGGGGAUGAAGUGAAAGGAUAUGAGGGCUUUGGAGAAGUAGCUAAAGAUCUUGGGGAGUUGAUAGACGUGAUUUGGCUCAGUGGGACGCCGAGUCUCCAGAUCCCGUAUCUGCUGAAUGUGGCACUUGCUGUAACAUCGUACAUCACCGCAUUCCCAUUCUCGCCAAAGGCAACUUUUGUUUUGCUAGGAAAGUUGGAUCAUGUAUUCUCUAGCUUGCUGAAGGGGGAGGACUGUGUGUCGGGUGAGAUUUUGCCGGGUUUCUCUGGGGGUAUGAGGGCGGGUUUGAGUCUGACUCAUAUGGUUCGUUGCAAGGGGCUGGUGGAGGCUACGAGGGUGUUAGUCGUCGAAGUUAUGGGGAGGGGUGGAAAGAUUGAGACGGAGGGGGAGGAUGAGGAUGAGGAUGACGCUGAGACUGGGGCUGAGUGGGAGAUGGAGGCUGCGAGGGUGUAUGAGAUGACUAUCAUGCGACUUGGGGACUCGCUUGGGGAGGAGUUUGCGGUUCCAGGGGCUGGGGCUGGGGUUUAA